AUGAGCCUUGACCUAGAGAGACAGAAGACAGUUUCGUCUUUGAACCUUCACCAAGUGAAUUCGGUGGCAUCCGUUGAGCAGGACAUGAAGACAAUCAAAGAAUAUCAGGAUAAUAUUUACUUGUCGGCAAAGCCAGACUUUUCUAGCCAAUCUAUUAAGACUUACGUCAGGACCAGAUUCACUGAGAUUUUUCCAUCAAAGGAAACCCUUCAGGCCAAUAAGAGGUUGUUGAACCCUAUUCCCGGACUUCGACAGGUUGGGAGAAAGCAGUGGGCCAUGAUUACAGUCGCAUUUUGGUGCUGGGCCUGGGAUGCCUAUGAUUUCUUCACGAUUUCCCUCAAUGUUACUCAACUUGCUAAAGAUCUUGAUGAAGAUGUUAAAAGCAUCACUUGGGGUAUCACCUUGGUUUUAAUGUUCAGAUCAGUCGGGGCAUUGAUAUUUGGUUACCUUGGUGAUCGGUACGGAAGAAAAAUGCCAUUGGCUCUUAAUAUGUUUCUUGUUUGCAUAUUGAAGAUUGGAACCGGUUUCAUUAAGAACUAUGCUCAAUUCUUAGGUGUCAGAGCUCUCUUUGGUAUCUUAUUGGGUGGCGUCUAUGGUAAUGCUACAGCUUUGGCAUUGGAUGAUUGUCCCAUCGAUGCUAGAGGUUUCAUUUCUGGCUUGGUUCAGCAAGGUUAUGCUUUUGGCUACUUAAUGGCUGUUGUCUUUAAAAGAGCUAUCGGCGACAACAGUAAGUACCACUGGAAAGCCAUGUACUGGUUUGGUGCAGGUGUUUGUUUUAUCAUUGUUAUUGCUAUUCUUCUUUUACCUGACACCAAGGCUUAUAAGAGACAGAAGGAAAUCUCCAGGUUCAACAAAGAACACUGUAUUGAACAAAUGACAUUCCUUCAAAAGGCUUCCAGGGCCUGGAAGUCAUACUGGUUGAUGAUUCUUUACAUGAUCUUACUUAUGUCUGGAUUUAACUUCAUGUCCCAUGGAUCUCAGGAUUUAUAUCCAACGUUACUUACUGUCAGGUACGACUUUUCGAAAGAUCGUUCUACUGUGACAAACUGCGUUGCAAAUAUUGGCGCCAUAGUGGGUGGUAUAAUUGUCGGUCAUUUAUCCAACUUUGUUGGUAGAAGGCUUUCCAUCAUGAUAUGUUGUGUUUGUGGCGGUGCCUUAAUUUACCCAUGGGCCUUUGUGGAUACAAGUGCAAUUAAUGCCGGGGCCUUUUUCUUGCAAUUCUGCGUUCAAGGUGCCUGGGGUGUGAUUCCGGUGCAUCUUUCGGAGCUUUCUCCACCUUCGUUCAGAUCCUUUGUCGUUGGUGUCUCCUAUCAAUUGGGUAACUUGGUUUCUUCUGCAUCUUCUACCAUUGAGACCACAAUCGGCGAACAUUAUCCAAUGAUUUCUCCUAGUGGCGAACACAUUUUUGAUUAUGCUACGGUUAUGGCCAUCUUUAUGGGCGCUGUUUUUGGUUUCGUUCUCAUUGUCAGUUUCAUAGGUCCUGAGAACAUGAACGCAUCAUUUGAGAUGGUUGAAGGUUAUGAUGAUGAUCAAGAUUUGCAACGUAUUCUCACUGAGGACAUUGCGAAAGUGGAAGUCCACCAUGAAGAAAAGCUCAAUGAAGAAAAGGUUACUGGGACUGAAGCUGCCGACUCUCCGAGCGAGGAUAACAACGAUCUCGAAGCUUGA